ACUACAGUUUGUUUUGGUAGUUUACAUGUGAUACAGAUCAUCUAACACUAGUAGAACCAGCCUACAUGGAACAAGCAGUCAGGCCUGGUAAAAGCAAGUCCAACAGUGGGUGGACGACACUUCAUCUGGCCAGUUACUUUGGGCAGAAGGAUAUUGUUGAAGAACUCCUAAAGACUGAGGUGGACCUGAAUGGUCAGAAUGAUGAAGGGGACACAGCUCUCCAUUUGGCCGCCCUCUCCGGGAGAAAGGAGGUUGUUCUGCUGCUGUUGAGAUACGAUGCGUCUGCUACUCUGCUCAACGGAUCUGCUCAAAGCCCCCGAGAUAUCACCGAGGAUGAUGAAGUCAUUACUAUGCUGGAAGCUGCUGAGAGAAGAGAGGACAGAAAGAUGGAGGAAAGACUUCUGGGUGCAACAAGAGAGGGAAAUAUGACUGAUUUGGCUCAGUUGCUCAGCAGUAACAGACCUCCAGAUGUUAACUGCAAGGACUCAGAGGGAAACACUGCAUUACUCAUAGCAGCCAGCAGGGGACAUAAAGAAUGUGUGGAUAUUCUGCUGAACAGUGGAGCCAACAUCAAUGCAAUCAACAAGAAAGGUCAGUCAGUGUUGGACCUUGCUAAAGACGAUCAGAUGAGAUCAUUUCUUGAAAGAAGUCAAGAAAAGAUGAUAUCCUGCACUGCCAAGAGGUUUGAAGGACAGCUGUGGAAGAGGUCAGGUUCUCUGAGCUGGAACCCUCACUGGGUUGUUGUGGAGAACGGCACUUUAACCUGGUUCUCCACACAGUUUAAUGCAGUAAGUGGGGAUCACAGACAGGGCUGUAAGCCUCUUAGGAGGGCUCAGUGUGUGGUGAAAGCCUGGGAUAAAUACUUCUUCACACUGAAAUGCUGUGAUGGCAGCGUGCAUCACUUCAAAGUGUCCUCCAGAUGUGCCGAGCCAGAAAUCAUCAGGAAAGCUACAACUGCUGUUCCUGUCCUGUAUAAACAGAACUGGCUGGAUGCUAUAGAGGAACACGUGUCCUACAGCAAUCUCUGCUCUAGCAUGGAUGGAACUUCAGUUCAGGACAAGGAGCAGGUAGCUGAAGAGGAGACUGAUCUGGGGAACCUCCUUUCACACUCCCUGCAGGCGGCCGAAAGCUAUCAGCAGAUGCUCGAGUCUCAGGUGGCCACUUUUGUCUCCGUGGUCAAGAAUGACGACAGUAACGGCCCCGAGUUUCUCCAGGCCAGACAGAUCUGUGAGCUCUGCAGCGAGACCAGUUCAGUACUGAGACACUGUGUGGAUCUUCUUUCUCAGCAGGAAGAGAUCUGGAGCGUGAAGUUGGAACAGGAAGUAGAGAAGAACAAGAUCCUGUCAGAGUCUCUGCAGAAGUUGGCGACUGAGCAUCACCGCCUCAAACAGACACUUUCAACCGGAAGGAAAUCUCCGGCUCCGAGCGCUCUCACCGAGGAUGAAUUCUACGAUGCUCCUGCUGAGGAAGCUUCCAGUGGCGAAUCUCCAGUCCAGAAACCUCUCGGCUCGGCCAGCAUGUCUGGGGAGGAGAACCAUGGAGACAAGAUCCACCAGAACGGAGUCAGGAAACAGAGGACGUCUCUUCCUGCGCCCAUGUUCUCCAGGAAUGACGUCAGCAUUUGGAGCAUCCUUAAAAAAUGUAUUGGAAUGGAACUGUCGAAAAUCGCCAUGCCGGUGAUUUUCAAUGAGCCGCUGAGUUUCCUGCAGCGUCUGACUGAGUACAUGGAACACACGUACCUCAUCCACCAAGCCAACGCAUCCACAGACUCCAUCCACAGGAUGAAGUGUGUGGCUGCGUUUGCCGUAUCUGCCGUGGCGUCACAGUGGGAGAGAACAGGCAAACCCUUCAAUCCACUCCUGGGAGAAACGUACGAGCUGAUCAGAGAGGAUCUGGGCUUCCGGUGCAUGUCGGAGCAAGUGAGCCACCACCCGCCCGUUAGCGCCUUUCACGCCGAAGGCCUGAAUGACGACUUCCUGUUCCACGGUUCUAUCUACCCUAAACUGAAGUUCUGGGGGAAGAGCGUGGAGGCAGAGCCUCGUGGGAUCAUCACUCUGGAACUUCCCAAACACAAGGAGGCUUACACCUGGACCAAUCCUACAUGCUGCGUUCACAACAUCAUCAUGGGUCAGCUGUGGAUCGAGCAGUAUGGCAAUGUGGAGGUUAUAAACCACAAAACUGGUGAGAAGUGCAGUCUGACCUUCAAGUCCUGCGGCCUCUUCGGCAAAGAGUUACACAAAGUGGAGGGUUACAUACUUGAUAAAAGUAAAAAGAAGAUCUGUGCCAUUUACGGCAAGUGGACCGAGUGUUUGUACACAGUGGAUCCGGCCGCGUUUGAUCUUCACAAAAAACAAGACAGGAAACCUUCUGAAGAGAAGAGAGGCAGCAAACAGAGCAGCGUGGAUGAGGAAGCUGAGGAGAUGCCGCCUCCUGAAGCUGAGACUGUACAGGUCAUCCCGGGCAGUGAACUCAUCUGGAGGAUAUCGCCCAGACCUGAUAACUCAGCUCAGUACUAUGCCUUCUCCACCUUCGCCAUGCAGCUGAACGAGCUUGAGGAAGACAUGAAGGAGAACCUGCCCAUCACAGACUGCCGCUUCCGCCCUGACAUCCGCGCUCUGGAGAACGGAGACAUAGAUUCAGCCAGCACUGAGAAGAAGAGGGUGGAAGAAAAACAGAGAGUGGCACGGAAGAACCGCUCCAAAUCCAACGACGAGUGGAAGACGAGGUGGUUUUACCAAGGACCAAACCCCUACAAUGGAGGACAGGACUGGCUCUACUCAGGUGGAUACUGGAGCAGGAACUACUCCCAGCUACCCGACAUUUACUAACUAAAGCCUGACCAAACUCAUACACAUCCAUCGAGUCCUGAACACAGGAGUUCAGCCGUCUGCAGAGUGUUGGGUUUGGUUCUCCGUGAUGGGAUCAGUGAAGAGAAAAAACAUGCAUGUUUACCUAACGUUACGUUCAGAUCCUAGUGAGUGUGAUUAGUUUUGAUGAUGCUUUAUAGUGAGUGCAUUUUACAAGCGCUAAAUAAUCUGAUCACUGCAAGAACUCGGAUUUUGGCAAGAAUUGAAUGACUGAGUUUAAAGCAGGUAAGAAGUUUAUGUACACUCUUAAUCGCUGAUCGCCCUGUGUUCACACUGGCAGCGUCAUCAUCGUCUGUGAAUGUUUGGUAGCCAAGCAAAAAAUAAAUGUAACAGCAGUACAGCUUACUUUACUGGCUGAUAUCUACAAAACAUCUACAAAAAAAAAUUAUUUUUACCACAAAUCAGACGUGUUACCAUCCAGUUUUUACCACAAAUCAGUUUUUACCUCAAAUCGAACAUGUUCCCAUCCAGUUUUUACCACAAAUCAGCCAACAAAUCAGACAUGUUCCCAUCCAGUUUUUACCACAAAUCAGACCACAAAUUAGCCAACAAAUCAGACAUGUUCCCAUCCAGUUUUUACCACAAAUCAGCCAACAAAUCAGACAUGUUCCCAUCCAGUUUUUACCACAAAUCAGACCACAAAUUAGCCAACAAAUCAGACAUGUUCCCAUCCAGUUUUUACCACAAAUCAGACCACAAAUUAGCCAACAAAUCAGACAUGUUCCCAUCCAGUUUUUACCACAAAUCAGCCAACAAAUCAGACAUGUUCCCAUCCAGUUUUUACCACAAAUCAGCCAACAAAUCAGACAUGUUCCCAUUCAGUUUUUACCACAAAUCAGCCAACAAAUCAGACAUGUUCCCAUUCAGUUUUUACCACAAAUCAGCCAACAAAUCAGACAUGUUCCCAUCCAGUUUUUACCACAAAUCAGCCAACAAAUCAGACAUGUUCCCAUCCAGUUUUUACCACAAAUCAGACCACAAAUUAGCCAACAAAUCGAACGUGUUCCCAUCCAGUUUUUUCCACAGAUCAGUCUUGUUCCCAUCUAGUUUUUACCACAAAUCAGACAAAGCGGACAUGUUCCCAUCCAGUUUUUUUUUUUACCAUAAAUCAGACGAAUCAGACGUGUUCCCAUCCAGUUUGUACCACAAAUCAGACAAAUUAGACAUGUUCCCAUCCAGUUUUUCCUAGACCUCAGUUACUCAGUUGUAAUUUACUUUAGAUAAAAGCUCUUGCCAAAUGCAGAAAUGUAGUAAACAUGCAGUGUCAAAAUCUGAUGCUGAAUAUCUUUAUGGAACGAUCAGAUUACUAGCGUGUGUGUAAAUGUACUCGAUGUUAAACGAGGGACGGUCGAACGUGAGGUUUCCUGAAUAUGCAGCGUGUGAGGUGUAAUUUGUUUGUCCAGACUUGCAUUGACAUUUUGAAGAGAUCAUUUAUAUAGAUUUGUAGCGUAGAGAUAUUUCAAUAGCUGUAGUAAGCAACGUUGUAAAUAUAAAUACUUCUAGAGAUCAGACGUCUGUCUAGACACAGAUUUGCUUAAUGAAAAACUAACUAGUGUGUGUAGGUGGAGAUUAAUUACCUCAUAAUCUUGGUAGCAUGUGAAAUCUGUAGCAUUCUCAUCAGUGAAUGUAGAUUAAUAGAUUCAGUAAUGUGUGAAACCUGAGUUCUGCAGAUCCAAGCUAAAUGUAAUCCUGGGCUAAAGCAGAAUAAAUAUUUAUAGUUUAUUUUCUGGUCACAUUCAGUAGGAAGCUUUGCCAAAUCAGCAUUGUAAUAAUAAUAAUAAUAAUUAUACAUUACAUUUAUAUAGUGCUUUUCCAGAACUCGAAGACGCUUACACAAUAUAUAAUAAACAUAAUAUUGCCAACAUAACACUAAAUAAUACAAGGAGGAGCACAGUGGAAAGUCAGGGAUAUAUUGAACUUGAGGAAGAUCACAGGCAACUGAAAAAAGGUGUGUUUUAAGUUUGGACUUAAAUAUAUAUAUAUAGAGAAGUGGACUGACUGACGAUCAAGAGGAGAGAGUUCCAGAGCUCACAGAACCUAUAAAGGCUAAAUGUAGGACGGUGAGCUAACCAGCAGAAGAAGACUUUAGAGGGCGAGAGGGUUUGUAGUAAGAAUGAAGGUCAGACAGUUAAGGUGGAGCAAAUUUCUUCCAAUUUUAGCGUAGUCAAUUAGUCUUCCACUGCUCAGGACCCCGAUCUCAUCCGAGGAGAGUUUAUUUGCCUGACACGCUCCCUCCGACGUGUGCGCAGUCCACCGAUUCGUAAAAAUUAAUAAAUUAAAGAAUGAAUUGAUUGACUUAUGUGUACUUAAGCUAAAAAUGGGAGAUCAGUGCUUCAGAUAUGAUACUGUUGAGCCAUGCGAGACAUUUAGCAAUGACUUAGCAUCUUAGUUCACUAAGUAAUUUUAAAAUGUUUUGGUUUUUUUCAGUUUUGUAAAUGCAGUGCAGUCUUUUAAAUUUACUUGGGGCUCCAAAACCACGCUAUCAUAUACACUGUUUUUUACAUUGAGAGUUUGUUGGCAAUCUACCUCAAGAUCAGACCAAACUCUGGUCCCACAAUCAGUAAAAAGCACAAAUGUAAAAGACGCCUUUGUUUAUUUUGAACCCAGCCUCUUACCAGACUGCAAAUUAUGUUGCUACAUCUAUAUGAAAUAACCACUUCUCACUUUUUUUCACAAGACUUUGAAGUAUGACUUGGGGAAUUUGUGCCCAUUCAGUCAAAAGAUGACAGCAUUUGUAUGGCUGGGCACUGAUGUCGGUCAAGAAAGCUUCAGUUAACGUUUAGUUCAUUCCAGAGCUGUUCAGUGGAGCUGUGGUCAGGACUCAGGACACUGAAGUUUCUUUAAAAGUAAUGCUGGAACAGGACAGGGUCUUCCCUAAACUCUAAAUAUAAUUAAUUUACUACACCUGUUAGCAAUUGCUGUGGCUGGAACACAUAAAUGUAAUAAUUAAAAGUGGCGUCCCAGCACUUUUGUUCAUUUAGUGUAGAUUUUACUCUCUAAAUUUCACUAUAACUUUGACCUGAACCUGGUGUGACCACGGCUUUAGUCCAGUAUUGCAUUUAACCUGGGUUUUAAUAAACUAGCGAAAGUAAAUAGACAAACGUGAUGCUAAAUAUUUAUUUUGGAUUUUAAACAAUUAAACAUCAAGAAUGUGUGUCGCUUACAGACCAGCCAACCAGAAUUCAUUUGUUAGCAUAACCUUUAAUUAAAAAUCUACAGACAUGAUGAGUUCUUCCACUCCGAGCGCUCAUUACAACAAAAAUGUACCACUUUUUCAUAGUUAAGGACAAAAACUGCACAACAUGGUCAGCAGAAGCACAAAAACUAUUUGAACUAUGCAAUAGAAUCACAGUGUGUACAACACAUCAUUCAGAAAUCUCUUACGCAAUAAUAAUAAUAAUAAUAAUAAUACUACAAUCUUAAUAAUGCAGAAUGCUGUAUUCUGGGAAGUUUUUAAACAGUAUCAUGUUGUUCAAAGUUAUAAGUAAUCCUGUUUUAAUAAAGGUCAUUGACGGUUUAGUACAGAAAUUAACCUCAGAACCUCAGACUGCUGAGCUACAGCAGGAUUAGAUACAGCAGGCUUUAUAAACGAGUGUUACACUGCACUGAUAUGAUUGUAGACACAGCGGAUGAGCCCUGUACUGUAUAGUUGCACUGUACAAUUCAAUCUUGCAUCUGUGAAUAUAAUAGAAUAGAACAAUAGAAAAUAAUUGUUUGUAUUGUUGUAAAUUAAAGGUUUACUCUUCUCUAAA